AUGGAUUUGAAUCUGCGGAAGGGCGAUAAGGUUUGGGUUGAGGAUAAGGAUUUGGCUUGGAUUCCCGGUGAUGUGCUCGAUUCUUCUUCCGGUAACAAGCUCCAUGUCGAGACUUCUACGGGGAAGAAGGUUUCCGUCGCCCCGGAGAAGCUCUUUCGGAGAGAUCCUGACGAGGAGGAGCAUAAUGGAGUGGAUGAUAUGACCAAGCUGACUUACUUGCACGAGCCUGGUGUGCUUUACAAUCUUCGAGGAGAUACGUUCUCAAUGAUAUCUACGUUAUCCAUUUUCGUCUACGAUACUGUGGAUGCCCUUAAAGACUUCAAGUAUAGCUCUUGA